AUCUUCCCCACCGACGCCGACCUGCAGCUCAUCCAGUUCGAGCUCGCCCCAACGACCUCGAUCUCUCUGCUCCGCUCCAUCGAUGUCGUCCUCACAGCCACCGAUGGAAAAGGCAAAACACGUGAAAGCUACUUGGGAUGCUGUUGCUCACCGUGUUUUUCUUGAUGUGUGCAUCGAGGAAGUGAAUGCCAAUAAUCGCCCCGUGCAAGUUUUGAAUGCACUUGGUUACAAAAAUUUGGUUGAAAAUUUUAACAAGCGCACAAAGAGAAAUUAUGAUCGCAAGCAAAUGAAAAAUAGGUGGGAAACUCUCAAAAAAGAUUACACAGUUUGGAAGGGAUUGAUCCAACAUGCAUCCGGUCUAGGAAGAGAUCCAAUCACUCACAGCAUUGAUGCUAGUGAUGAUUGGUGGGCACAUGAGAUACAGAUGUGUCCAGAGGCAGCCAAGUUUCGGAUAGCCCCAUUGCAAGACGAGGAGGACAUGAGGAUAAUUUUUGACAAAAAUGCUGUAACCAAUGUGACAGCUAGAGUGCCUCCAUCAUCUCAAGAUCGAGCUUCUCAGUCGAGGAUGAACAUUGACGAAGUUGAAGGCUCAGGGUGUGAAGGUGAAGAUGAUGCUCUUGUUACACCUUUGCGUGGUGCACGUGGUACGAAGAGAGGAUGCCCUUACUCACCUAGCCCCGCAGCAGCACCAAGAUUGAGAACUGGCAGUGGCAGUGCUUCGAGGUUGGACCGUGUCAUUGAUUUAAUUGAAAAUAAAGAGAAGGAGAAGGAGAAGAGUAGGAACUCUGUGACAUCUCCUGGUCCUGCUAUUGAUCCUGUGAGGGAGGAGAUUAGGAGAAUGGUAGCCUUAAUAGUUGAAGACGGAGCAAAGCCUGGGAGUGAUGACUAUUUCUAUGCCACACAACUUUUCCUCAUAAAGGAAUACCGUGAUGUAUUCACUUGUUUAGAAGAGGAGGUGGAGCCUGCUGUUAGGCUUGAUUGGAUCAGGAGGACCUGGGCACAAAAGAACAAGGCGUAGUAUGUUGCUGCUAUGAAUUUGAAUUGUUGUCACUCUAUGUCAUUUGAAUUUGUAUUGUUGUCACUCUAUUUGUACCAGUACAUGUGAACCUAUGUCGCUGAUUUAUAUUGGCAUGAAUUUGUACCAGUACAUGUGAACCUAUGUCGCUGAUUUAUAUUGGCAUCAAUUUGUACCAGUACAUGUGAACAUAUGUCGCUGAUUUAUAUUUGCAUAAAUUUGUACCAGUACAUGUGAAUGAUGAUUCUGA